UUUUAUUUAAAACAUUUUAGUGACUACAUAACUUUGGUUUCAGACAUUCACAAAUAGCUGAACCGUUCGCACAAACCACAAAACGCAGGGCUAUCUUAGCAGUUAAUCUCCAACAGUCAAUUUACACUUAAAUAAAAUAAACAUGGUUUACUCUUCCGACUUUUACACUUCCCGCAGACCGGCGUACUACAAACCAGCCAGUUCUUAUUCAGUCACCCCAAUGUAUUCGUCUGAUGGCUAUGAUUUGCCACCUACAUACUAUAAGGCGCAUCAAGUAUAUCAGACGAGUACUACGCCUACUCCAUUUAUUUUGACACCAUCCAUAUCAACUGGAAAACCAUCUUCAAAAGUUUUACCUUACAACGGUUAUUCUUAUAAUCACCAUCAUUACGUACCAUUACACAGAAGAUCCGCAGCUACAAUUCAUGGUGUUUUAGAUAGGAUAGAACAUCGUCCACGAUCCCAUCCAUCGUACGAUCCUACUGACGAGUUUCUAAAUUCUAGGAGUUCUACAAACUUUGAUGACGUUACGAGAGAUAUUCGGGCUCAGACUGCUGGAUUGCUUAAACAAGUAUAUACUCCUACAAUCAGACCAAAAGUAUCUACAGUGUCUAAUGGAUAUAGUGAAUUACCAAUAGCGCAACGUAUAGAAUCUGAUGCUUAUAUUGAAAAAAUACUUUCUGACUCUGAUUCUUAUCGCCGUGAAAACAACAUUGGUAAAGGACAUUUGGCUUGUGUGUCAUAUGCUGGUGGCAAGGCAUACCCAAGGAGAAGGCCUCAUUUGUCAAAAGAAGUUGACGACAAUAUCACUAUGUUGUCAUAYUAUAAUAAAACUAGAGAAGCUGUGGCAGCAUCUUCAACAAACCCAACAGUUAAAAUAAAUAGUACAGAAAAUCCAAAAUAUUAUCAGAGUAAAAAGUUAGAAGAUGAUACUAAAAAUAAUUUCAAUAAGAAUUUAGCAGCUGAAAAAAAAGCAGCUCAAUCACAUACUGAAGAGGAGGAAGCUGCUAAAAAAGAAUCUACUAGAUUAGCAGCAAUAGAAGCAGCUCGGUUAGUGGCUGAACAAGAAGCUUCUCGGAUACUAACUGAAGAGAAAGCGGCUAAAGAGGAGGCUGCUCGACUUGCAGCUGAAGAGGAAGCAGCUCGGCUAGCAGCUGAAAAAGAAGCAGCCCGGUUAGCAGCUGAUGAAGAAGCAGCUCGGCUAGCAGCUGAAGAAGAGACAGCUCGGCUAGCAGCUGAAGAGGAAGCAGCUCARCUAGCAGCUGAAGAAGAAGCAGCUCGGCUAGCAGCUGAAGAAGAAGCAGCUCGACUAGCAGCUGAAGAAGAAGCAAAACGACUAGCAGCUGAAGAGGAAGCAGCUCGGCUAGCAGCUGAAGAGGAGGCAGCUCGACUAGCAGCUGAAGAAGAAGCAGCUCGACUAGCAGCUGAAGAGGAAGCAGCUCGACUAGCAGCUGAAGAGGAAGCAGCUCGACUAGCAGCUGAAGAGGAAGCAGCUCGAUCAGCAUUAGACAAAGAAGUUGAAGAAGCUGAAGAAGCUCAACAAGUACAAGAGAAUGAAAUUACAACAGAAGGAAAAAUCGAUCAAUCUGAGCAACAAAGAGAACUUUCUGAGAAAACUAGGGAUAUAAGCUUGGACACCCAAGAAACUAAUGCUGCUGCGAUUGCAAAAUCUUCAACUACGUCCACCUCCACUGAAAUAAUUAACGAAGAUGAAGGUGGAGUUAAAACAACAGCAGUAUUCCAACGAACAAUAAAAAAGACAACUACUAUAACAAGUAGCACUUCUGUUGUAUCUGAAAACGGUGAUGAUAUUAGUUCAAAGGUUGAAAUACAGGAGAUAGUUGAAGAAAACGAUGACAGUGACGAAGACGAACAUGACACCGAGCAUCAAGAUGCUGCUCAAGCAGAAGGAAAAGAAUCGUCUGAGGAGGAAGACGAAUCAGAAGAGGAAGAAGAGUCCGAAGAAGAAUAAAAAAGUUCAUUAUAUUAAAAUACAUUUUUAUUUUUAUGAUUUAUAUCAAGAAAUAUUUUAAUCAUUUAAAUAUUUAUAGUUUAUAUAGGUUAAGUUUCUAUACACAGUGUUUUAAUUGUUAAUAAUGUUUAAACUUCAAUAUUGUCGUUUUAUUAUAAACAAUACACUUGUUUGCAUUUAA